UUACCUCCGAAACGAUCACUCUCGUAAUAACAGAACUGUGGAUACAUAAAUAAUGUCUUUCCCCAACUUCCCUAACGAGGAGAUAGCCGAUGCCAUCCAGAACUUCGGCUAUCCUUCCGAUCUGACGCCAGGAGACGUUGCCAAACCGACGGUGAGCAAGAUGAUGCUCAUCUACGAAUGGUUUCUCCUCUACUUCGCUUCAAUUACCCGCGACGAUAUCCGGAACGCGGUCAUGGAGCCACUGCUCAACAUCCUUCAUCCAGAAAUUUAUCAGUAUCGCGUGACGGCCGGAGCAUUCAGAGACGUACUCGAUCAGAUCAUGCGUUGCGCUUCGAUCAACGACUUCUCAGAUAGGGAUUUAUUCCUACCGACCACUGAACGUACCCGUCGUGUCUUGAGCGGACUGAUCAACUUCGCGCUCUUCGAGAGUGAACAAUCCGAUUUAACUCUCCGACCACUAGAGAAAACUUUGGAAGACUUGCAAGGCCAACGCGAACAAUUACUUGAUCGAGAAGCCGAACUGAUGGAACAAAUCUCGAUGAUGCGCCAAAAGCAGGAGGAAGAGGACCGGGCUGUCGCUGAAUUGCUUCCCGAACUUGAGAGGCUCAAGGCCUCAAUCCUGGAAUCCAAAGGCAAUGAGGGGCCUUUGGACCAGCGUCGCAUGGAACUCUCGGAGGCCAAGAAAGUGCUGACCGAGCAACAGAGGAUAGCAAAUAAUGAGCUAUCUCGAGUGACGGCGGAAAAUACUCGAUUAUCGACACGAGUGGCGCGUUCGCCAGAAAAGGUGAAGAGUGCGAUCGAAUCACUUCAACAAACAUUGGCAUCCGAUCUCGAUAGCAUUGCCUCGCUUGAACAAAACUCGCGCAUGUUGGAGCAAAAGAUCAUUGCAAACGAUAAGUAUGAGAAAGACUUGGCGGUAUGCAUCAAGCUCGCCGAUGAAUGGGAGAAUGAGAUGACUCGAGUCGCGGAGGUCAAUAAAAAUUUGGGCGGCCUCACCGACGAAUACGAGACCCGAUUGCCCGAACUCCAAGAGGUGGAAAAGAAAACUGCGCAAGCUCAACGACGAACGGAGUUAUUGGAAGAGCAGCUGGAACGAGCUCAUGCAGGUAUACAUCGCAAGAGACAGGGCGCGAAAGAGCGCUAUACGAAGGCGGUUGAGCGACACGAGGCAGUCUUGGAGGCGCAGGCUGAACACGAGAAAGGGAUGGAACAGCAGCUCAACUUAAAAGCUCAUCUUGCAUCUCAAAUUGAGAAUGCAGUCGAAGAUUACACUCGUGGAAUGAAGAAGGGCCAGGCUGUUUAUGAUACCAUUAGGACUGAACUAUUACAUUUCACGAUGAAACAUCAAGCCGCAAUCAACGCCAUCGAGGCUAAACUAGAAUUGCCUCCAGAGGAGUGAGAAACAUCCUAUUUCUUCAACUGAUGACUAUAUAACUUCCAAAAUUUGACCGUUUAAAAUGGACAUGGGCCUCGAAGAACCACACUUCUCGUUGUUAAUAUGAUCUUCGCAUCUGGGACAAUUUGCUUUUGUGCUCCGUAUCUCUUUCCUCUUUUGUUAUUAUAUCGAUUUUGUUGUAAUAGCUUUACCGCAGUUACGCAGUACCUUGUACUACUAUGCAAUGCGGUCGUAAUUUAUUAACUGGAGUGCACGGGUAUCUACAGAAGUUGUAUUUUGUACAAGAUUUGUUGAAUGUGCUUUGUGGAAGUUGCAACUUGUGUGAUAGAUUUAUUGUGAAGCACAAUGCCGAGCGUCGGGCCCGGCCGACCGGUUCAGAUGUAGGUAGAUCCACGGGCAGUUUACGUCCACAGAUGUUCAUGUACGACCGGCUGAAGCAGAUCCCUUCGCACGAUUUUUCGCCCAGCAGUC